CCCAGCCUCAGCUUCGGUCCAGGCGCGGGUCAAGGCUCUAUUUUGUUGUGAACAGUCCUGCGAAAGCGCUCGAACGAGAAGACCAACUUUUGUAUCGUUAAUCAACUUGAUCCUCGUGGAUUGAUAACUCAAUUUACUCUCCGAGCAGUGAACUCUCUUCAAGCAGCACAGAGACUCGUUGCUUAUUUUCAUCUCAGCGUCCAGCCGCGUCAGCGCAGUAUUACGAGAUAAAAAAUGCUUUAGAGAAUCGAACGAGCGCCUUCGAAGAUGAUUUUCCUCUUAGCUGAAUGUGGAUAGGUCUGGGUUGUUGUGAGCCACGAAAUCCAAUGAGGGAGAAAGACACGUUUUCUUGGAUCGACACGAGCGCCUCGGUAUAGGAUCAGAAGAGGGGAGAUAGCUCGGGCACACGCGAGACAUUUCACGCCUAAUCGCCACACGCUCCGUCCAAUUUUCAUUAAUUAUAGCUGAGUGCUUAUCGAUGGAAAAAUAGAGGGUGGAAAAAUCGAACAUGAUCGAGGGAACGAGUUCAGGAAUGAGUCAAAUGGGAGUCACUGCAAGUCAAACUGCUUUCAAUCUCCUCGAACGUUCUUCCAUCUUUUAUCCGCCACGCACGGAGGAUGAAUUCUCUCGAAAAUGUUUCAUCGUAGCUUCCACGAACGACGCAACGAAGCUGAGCGUACACGCGCGAUAAAUAUUUGCGUGUUAUCAGUCAAAAAAUAUGCGACCACAGCCGUCGGCCAACCCGGCUGGGAUCGAGCCGGCUCGUUUUUAAUCUCCCCCAAUCGAAAUCCGAGUGUUUGCUCAAUUUCGAUGAAAAUAUUUUCCUACGUUGCCAAUAGCUGCACUGUUUAUAUUCAACAUCUGUACAGGGAGAGUGUGUACGCGGCUCGUGUUUCAACCAAGCACGUAGAGUCCUAUGAAGCUACAUUCUCCAACGUCGUAGCACGGAAUGUAUCAGCAGUAAAACGAGUCUCGUGCCACCUCGAGAGAGGCAGUCUCACGAGGAUAUUCCACCGGUGCACAUAUCGCCGGGUACAAGUUCCUUUUUUACAGACGAAAAAAUGAAUUACUUUAAUUAAAAUAUGGAGAAAAAUAAAACGAAAAUAUUUACUCGAAAAAUAAAUGAUCGAAUUUUCUUCCGACCUGAAAUUUCGCGCUGAAACCAAAAUCUCUCGAGUAAUUAAAAUUUAAUUGAGUUUAUCAAUGAUGUUGAGUACUCGGAAUGAGUAAUGAGUGAUUGAUGGAAAGCCUUUCGCGAUCCAAAGUGUUCCUCACGGACACUCAAGAUCUCGUUUAUAUUUAUACGCGCCUAGCAUCCACUCUGUAGGCAUAAAAAAAGUCGGCGAAUGCUCGAGUUCAUCGGUAUGUGUGACCAGCUCGAGCCGCUCGUACAAAGCUAAGUAACGCACCAGUCGUUCAUAAACAGCGGUGAUUGUCAGUGUUGCGCGAGCCACGACGAUUUCACUCUGGCUCGGUCGCGUAUUCAAUUUAUCGCGUAUCGAACCGCUAAUAUUGUGCGUAAAUACGAUCGAAAAUGAGGGAAAGAGAUAAAUUAUUGGGAUUUAAAUGAACUAUCGGGCUAUUUGCGACUGCAUCAAAUUCGUUAAUCGCACGUUUGAUCGAAUGACUCGCUAUUGAAUAAUAUCGAUCGGGAGAGUUUUGACGUUCAACGCAUUUGGAGGCAUUGAUAGAGGCGGUUUGACUCAGUGUUUCAAUGUGCGAUUUUCAUCAUUUUUGUGACAAGAUCUGAAUCAUCGUUAGCUCUUAUCGAGUGUGUUGCAUGACAGUGCGUGAGGUCUCUGUAAUAUCAGGACGCGCGUAUCUCUACGAAUAACAUAAGAAAUAAUAAAGAAAGCGAAAGUUAAUUUCGCUAGUAAUUAAUAUUUCAAAGUGGUUCACCUCCGGCUCCGAUUCCGAUCGGAAUUAAAAAUCGUUGUUUUAUUGGAAGGAAGCAAGCGGAGUUGCAAAGAGAAACUGGUUCUGGUGAGGCGACCGAAUGUACCGACGGACAUCAAGCUGAAAAGGCAUCGAGACGCUUUCGGAUAUCCUGCCUGACGAAUCGACUGCUCAUUUCCAAAAUGGGCUGCUGCGGAUGUUCCGAAGAAACGGUCUCUAAGGUAGUGCCAGUGACACCCGACCAAGAAGAACCGUCUUUGGGCGACACAGAAAAGGUAUUUACGACCGAAAGAUCGUGCACCGACGUCAUAGCUCUGCUCGUUCUGAUUCUCCUUAUCGGCGGUUUUGGAUUUUUCCUCGCGACUGCCAUCAAGAAAGGCGAUAUUUAUCGGGUAAUCAAUGGUUACGAUAAUUGUGCAAACGUCUGCGGCCGGAAAACGCCUCCGGUGAAGGAUCCGCUGUUCGACUGUCCGAGAGUCGACAAAACUAACUAUCCUUACCUGCUCGUGAACGUCGACAGCAAUGGGGUCAGGUCGAGGGAAUGCGUCGUCAAUUGCACGUCUUCGGCAGACCACAUCGCGUUCCUCAAUCGAUGCGUACCGAAAAAAAUAACGGAGAGUGCCAAUUCGGUCAUCAAAUCUUUAGGGCUUCAGAGCUUUUUUUACGAGGCUUCGCGUGACUUGAGCAUAGCUUGGAGGGAAUUGAUUUACCUGUUGCUGAUUGCCCUUGCUAUUUCGCUCGGUAUCCUCAUAGCUUUUCGUUACAUCGUACAGUGGGUCAUUUACAUAGUUCUCACAAGUGCGGUCGUCGUUUCCAUCGGAGGGACAAUUUACCUUUGGCUCGCUUGGUGGCAAGAAAAGAAAGCCGUUACUUCUGGAUUGAUUCACGAAGAAGAUGCGAGCGUUACAUCUUACAUGACUUACGCGAUUGUUAUGAGCGUCGUGGCCGUCGUGGUCGUGCUCGUCGUGCUCGUAAUGAGAAAACGAAUCGCGCUGGUGGUCCAGCUCUUCAGAGAAGCCGGCAAGGCUGUGUACGCGAUGCCGGCGCUCUUGCUCCAGCCGAUUUACACGUACUUGCUCGUCGGCUUGUCGUUCAUUGCUUGGAUGUACUUCAUCCUUUGGAUCGAGAGCGCUGGUGACUUAUAUAAAAACAGGAAGGGCCACUUCCACUACAAGAAGGAUCCUAUAAUCAUAACUGCCAGAUGGUACAAUCUUUUUAUGUACUUUGUGAUGUGUGAAUUUUUCCUGGGUUGCCAGCACAUGGUCGUAGCAGGUUCUGUGGCGCGUUGGUUCUUCACCAGGGACAAGAAGAGACUCUCGCUGGCAGUGACUCGGAGCACAGCUACCCUGGUGCGCUUCCAUCUCGGUACCGUGGCCUUCGGCGCAAUGGUUAUCGGAUUAGUACGUUUGAUCCGAGCUAUAUUUGCCUUCAUACAAAAACGCUUAAAAGGCAUUGAUAAUGACUGUGCGAGAGGAAUUCUCUGGUGCUGUCACUGCUGCCUCUGGUGCUUCGAAUGUGCGCUCAAAUUUCUCACGAGAAACGCUUACAUCGAGACUGCUAUUUAUGGAUGCAGCUUUUGUUCCGGCGGAAGAAAAGCUUUCCAAGCACUCUCCAGCAACAUUCUUCGCGUAGCAGCGAUCAACAGCGUCGGUGACUUUGUCCUCUUCCUGGGAAAAGUCCUCGUCGUCGCCCUGACCGUUGUUUCCGGCGUUUACAUGAUCCAGAAGAAACACGGACUGCAUCAUCCUUGGGUACCGAUCACGUUGGCCGGUAUUUUUGCUUUUCUGGUAGCUCAUUGUUUCAUUUCGAUUUACGAGAUGGUUAUCGACACUAUUUUCCUCUGUUUCUGCGAGGAUUGUGCAAAGAACGACGGGAUCAGUCGCCCGUACUACAUGAGCCGUGGGCUCAUGGAAUUCGUGGAGAACAGCAAAAAAGCUUUACGUCAUUUGGACCAGGAGAGAGCGACGAGCCCCUCGUAACCCUGAGACCGAUGAGAAUCAUUUUAACCGAGAGAAAUGAACUAACAGAAAUAAGAGACUGCUCGUGACUCGAUUCCCAAAACGCUCCUCCAAAGUUUUUCGAACGCCGAACUUGCAGGCGAAGCAUGAAAGAAUUGAUUUAUUUGUAAUUAUUAUUAUUUCAUAAGAUCGUGUAUGACUGCUUUAUUUAGUUUGACAUGAUUUUUGUCCGGAUCUCGAAGUACCCUUCGGUCGUAAUGAUCGAAAAAUUCAUCGAUGAAAAUGGAAGGGAAAAAGGCGGACGAACGUCCAGAGUGGUUGAAAAAAAACAACAUUUUUUCGUGAUUCAAAGAUGAGGCGAGAAAAUUUCAGUUUCUCGUUGAGAUACGUUGUGAAAGAACUUCCAUCGUUGAUUAUUUAGGCUUAGUUAUUCCGAGUUUAUAAUUCUCGUCGCUGCGAAUUCACGAACGAACGAAAAAAAAGCUUUUUCAUUGCGUCAAUUAGAAGAAAAUGAAAGAAAACCCCGAUUGUGUUUGAUGAAGGAACGACGAUUCCUUGUUGAUUUUCGGUAUCGAACCCGAGCCACAACAGCCGUUCAGUAAUUAUACAAUUCGUACAAUUAUCGAAAUACGUUCCUAGGCUUUUAUGACAUUCCUGAUAACGCCUCUGUUAUCGUGACAAAUUGUAACGCGUCAAUCGCUUUACGCUGUACAUCUCGCAACGAAAUAUUUUUCUACGUCAUCGUAAAGUGUAAUUAUUGCUGUGAGAGAAAAUAAAGCAUUUUUUAGAAAGAA